UCUUAUUCUCUUGUCUAUUCAAUCACAGAUAGAGACUUUCAAUAACGAGAACAGCAAUAUGAGUAUUUUUCUUCUCAGCACACGAGCUGGUGGAUUGGGCAUUAACUUAACUGCUGCUGAUACUUGUAUCUUAUAUGAUAGUGAUUGGAAUCCUCAAAUGGAUCUGCAGGCUAUGGAUAGAUGUCAUAGGAUUGGACAAACACGACCUGUGCAUGUGUAUAGGUUGGCAACAUCGCAUUCUGUAGAGGGUCGGAUUAUCAAGAAGGCUUUUGGAAAGUUGAAGUUAGAGCAUGUAGUUAUUUCUCAAGGACAAUUUCAGCAAGAGAGGAUCAAACCUAAUACAUUAGAGGAAUCAGAACUACUGGCACUGCUUCGAGAUGAAGAAGAUCCUGAAGAUAAGCUGGUUCAAACUGACAUCAGCGACGAUGAUCUAUUGAGAGUCAUGGAUCGCAGCGAUCUAGUAGAUCCAAAGGAUGCCAAUGGGGCAUCUGGUACCCCUCUUCCUCUCAGAGGACCUGGUUGGGAGGUGGUAUUAACUGCCAAAAGUGGAGGUGUGUUGUCGGCGCUCGGGAGCUGAUUGCCAAUUGGAGGGUGGUUACAUCUGCUUUUUGUCUGGCUGUCAACCUUCAAACUUUGUCCAACCAAUUCUGAGCCUUUCCGUUGGGAUGCAUCGUUCUCUAGUAGAGAUGUGUUCGUGCGUUGCAAUUUUGGCAGUCAAAGUGGCAUGUGCAACACCCAUCGAUAUUUAUGUAGUGCACAUCACUCCUGUGCUUACGAGCCUCCACUGGCUGACUUGCAUGUUUCAUAAAAACGGAAACUUUGGUCUGAGUUCCUCGUCAGUGUCUCUUAUGAAUUGGUGCUGUCGUCAAUUCUGAUUUUAGAUGUGGUCUUUGAAGAUGGUGAUUUAAUUUUGAAGGUGUGGUCUUUGGAUUUAAAUGCACUCAUUUUAAUGGAGCUUGAAUUUGGCCUUAAAA